AUGAGGGUUGCUCCACCCCCGAGAAAAUCUAGAGUACGUCGACUGCGGCGAUUAGCGAGUGGCGCUCAUCGAAUUGCGACUUUAAAAAGAGUGAGGCGAUACUGGAAUUUGCACAAGGUGCAUAAGAUUAACAGAAGAAAUAAGAGAAAGCGAGGAAUAUCUCGCGAAAGGUUUGCCGGUAAUACACCUUUAAACUCUGGGGAUUUUCUCGAUCUCGGUUCUUUUGCUGAUUCGGCAAAUGCAGAUCACAAGCCUCUGAUUAUCACGUCAUAUCCAAAUGGUUGUGGACGCUCUCCCCGGGUGAAAAUAUUGCAGAGAAAUUCUUUUCAUAAGUCUCUUAUCAGCAAGCGAAGAUAUAAACUCCGCAAAUUUAAUCCUGGCAUAUUCGAAAGCACCGAUGCAGAAAUUUCAAGAAUAGACUGUUUUGAGAGCGCCGUGCGCAUCAAAAGGUCGGUAUCUAAACACGCCGAUGUGAAGGUCACUUUCGAGGAGAGAAAUGUCAUCAAGACCACUUGCUUGCCUUAUUCUAUCACGGAUGGACAAGGACCUGAAUAUCUUCAGUUUGGACCUGGACGUCGAAUUCUACUUGCAGACUUUUCAUCUUUGACCAUAAGAGCUAACCCAAGUCAUUACGUUAAUGGUAUUGAUGGUUCGAAAGGUACCGAACAUAAAAGCGAGUCAUCUGCGAUAAAACUAAGAAAAAGACUCAAAAGGAAAGUCCGCUCCGCGGUAGCGCUUGUAGGAGAGUUUUUGCCAGUCUUGUCGUUCUUCCAAUAUCCGGAUUUACUGAUGAUGAGCGUCAUUACAGAUGUCCCUCAAACUCAAGCUGCGGCUUUUGAAGAUGAUGAAAUCUCACAAACCAUAACACAAAAAAUGGGAGACUUGUUCGAAGUUUCGAAACACGCUAGUAAUGCUUUCACAAGUUAUACAAGAAUGAUGAGAAAACUGAGCACUAUCUCCCCACAUGCGACAAGAACCGUUCGUACAGUAACUGUUAAACGGCUCAUGAACACAUAA